AGGGGCAGCUGCGUUUUAGUGGAUUGAAUGACGCUGUGUGGUCUCACUAAUGCUAUAUAAUGCCAUGCAGUGCUCGUUUUGUUGCAUAAAUUAAAAAAGCUCAACGCGAAAGUUCGCGUGUCGCCAAACGCCAAAGCGCGUAGAAACGGAAGCUUCCCUCUUAUAAUCUCAGAUUCACUGUCUUAACCCCCCCACUUACACCGUCUCAACACAACUUUUUACAACAUUCGAAAAAGAAUUGCAUUUUUAAUCCACCCAAAAAUAGUGCCAAUUCUCGACCAUAAUGCCUUUUUAGGAAUAUCACCUAAGUCGUAUCUUUCAGCUUCAUCCAGCAUCAGUAGUAAACAUGGCUGCUACUCGUUCGCCUUCUCCCGCCGAAGGCGUGUCGGCACCCACAUCACCACAGCUAUCACCUCGGUCCAAGAUUAAGGCUUUGUUAGCCGCCGUGGACGAUGCAGACUCGGACGAUGAAUCUAAUGUCCGAUUAGGCCUAGAAGCCUUGAUGAAGACUCCUAACGAGAACAAUAUACCCAAUACCAAAUCACAUGACUUACCAAGUGUUGAGGAAGAAGAGGACGAAGAAGAAGAAGAAAUCAUUCGACCUCGAGGACGGCUUGCGGGUCGAAUGAGAGCCCAAGACACAAAUUCAACAGAUGAUACCACGAAAUCCUCGAAAAACUCCGUUCCGUUAAGCGCUGUCUCUACAAACACUAACAAUAAAGACGAUGAGGACGAGGAAGAUGACGAUGAUAUCAGUGCCCUUCCACGUAGGCGAUUAAUGAGACCUAAUCGAGCAUCCACACCGGAAGCUUCAGCAGGCCCUCAAGUACCCUCUUCUCCUAGUCUUUUCGUCACAUCGGCCCCUGAGACGCCAGGAGCAUAUCGCCAACCUGCAGCCGAAUCCGAGUCAGACGAAGAAUUGCCUGAGAACCUAGGCAAAAGUGAACGCUUCUUGGCACUGGUAGCUAGGAAACGACAAGAAAGACUUGCCAAAGAGGCUGAAGAGGAGCGCAAGCAGAAAGAACGCGCGGCACGGAUAGCCGAGCAGAUACCCGCCGAAUUAGAUACCGAUGACGUAUCUGAUAUUACAGAUGAUGACGGCGGUCGCAGACUCACCCAGGAUGUCUCUCGCCCUGCGCGCAAGGCUAGCAAGAAGGCUUUGGAGGAGAUGAACCGCGAGACUCAACGAAUCAGUCGAAGCUUACAACUUGCCCACGAGGCUAAAACGAAGAAAAGAAUCACAAAAGCAUCCCUCUUUGAGCGUUUCAACUUCAGAUCGGACGCAACGACUAAGAACGUUUCUAAAGUGGUAAGCUCGAGCAGGCCCACGACUCCAGGUUCGGCGCAUCAGACCGAUGCCGAGAUGGUUGAUGCUGGAACUCCACCGAGUUCUCCACCGCUUGCCUCAAAGUCUAUUCUCAACCCUCCUGCUACCCCCGUGGGUCCAUCUACUAUCUCCAAAUUAGCUAAAAGCCUGGAGGAGGAAGAUGAUGAGUUGCCCACCUUAGAAGAAGCUAUUUUCGCCCAAAGCAAAAAUGAAGAGAAAGGCAAAGGCAAAGCCGUUGAAAUCUCAGCUGAGCCCACGGAGACCAAGAAAUCAGCAACAAGCAAGCCGAAGCGCCAAAUUCGAGUUAAACUGCCCCCAGCUCAUACAAAUUUAGUGACGAUAGACUCAGACGACGAGCUUGAGAUCACUAAACCGAAGAAGGGGAGGAUGGAUGCGAUAUUUGACCGAAUUCCUGAGAAAAGGGGUCAGGAAUCCAAAUCUAUGCAUGUUUUACGCCAUUUAGCCCAUCUGUCCUCUCCGACGAGAGACUCGUCGAGGACCCGCACCGCCAAACCAUCGAUGACUCCUGCUGAGCUACAGAUGUCAUUGCAACAACGUGCAAGAGCUCAAGCUAAGUUGGAACGCGAGCGUCGACUGGAAUUCCUACGCUCUAAAGGCAUCACUGUACAGACGGAGGAAGAGCGUCAGCGUGAAAGGGAACAAGUUGAAGACAUCGUUGCUCGAGCUCGCCAGGAGGUCGAGGAGAUUAUGCAAAAAGAAAGGGAAGAUGCUAAGAAGGCGCGAAAGGAGAGCAAAAAGAAUGGCGACAAUGAUCCUCUAGCUUGGGAUGACGACGACGACGACGAUAGUUUCGUAGAAAGUGAAGAAGACCCAGCUGAGAUUGAGCUUUCGGGCUCAGAAGAGGAAAAUGAGAAAGAUGAAGAAGAAGAUGCCGAGAACGGGGAUGCAGAUGAGCCCACUGCGAGCCCCAUAUUCGACCAGGAAGCGGAGGAAGACGGAGGAUCUGAAGAGGAGCCACCAACGCCAAAGGCAGCCAGAGAUGUGACGUCUGAUGAUGAAGCUGACGACGAGCUACCCCCAAUGACAUUCCGCCGGUCAAAGAAGCAUGCCCACGUUGUCUCUGAUGACGAGGACGACGUUCAAGCGACUCCAAGACCCAAGACCAGUCAUCCCAAGUCUCCCCCUGUGACGACAGACUCCCCCAAAAUUCCCACAUCUGUCUUACGGUCGGCUAGGAAGAACUUCAUUCCUGGGCUACCUGUCCCUCUAGCAGGGCCAGCAGGCCUUGGACUUACCCAAAUAUUUGCUGGAACCAUGGAUGAUAGUCAAGUUAGACCGACGAGCGGGUCUCUGCAAGAAUUCAUGCCCAGCCUCGGUAACUUUCCUGACUCGCAGUUCUCUGCCACGGCAGAUCAAUCUCAAAAUGACAUGAUUUUGAAUAGCCAGAACACGCAGGAAAUAGAUACUCAGCCUAUUCAGCUACACUUCCCCCAGUCACAAAUGCACGGCCUCGAUAGCUUGAUGCAACCCGAAGGGACACAAUGUUCGCAGUUUAUCGAGCCCACCCAAGACGGUGGCUUCCAGGACUUAUCCCCGCUCAAGCAGCGUUUUGUCGAAGCUCCUCAAUCAACAGUCGAUACCGUGCUGCUAGGAGAUGCUCCGGAUGAUGAGGUGGUACAGGAAUCACCUCUAGUAAAAAGGACGGGCAGGCUAAGGCGUAGAGGCGGGAACUCGGCCUCUCUCUCUACCCUGGGGUCAAUAGAGACUCCGGACAGCCCUACUACUACGACCAGAAUUGCCUCACUAAGCGUCGAAGUAGAUCCAAAUACAGCAGCGAGCGCCUUUAAGCUGAUGCAAAAGGCGGCCAAGAGGAAGCAGCGCAUGCAGGAGAAAUUCGACAAGAAGAAGAGCAAGGCCACUGAGAUGAUUGAGGAGCAAGCUGAGGAAUCCGAAGACGAGUACGCCGGACUCGGUGGUGUCGAUGGGGAGGACUCAAGCGAGGAAGACGAGGAACUUGUCAAUGAAAUGAUUGACGACGCAGCCGGCAACAAUGCUGACGAUGAUAAGCUUGCCGGUUUCUUUGCUGAUCGAGAACGUGCGGCAGAUGCGGCUCAGGUCGACAAGCUGUUCCGGGACAUCACGACUGGCAUGCUACGCAAGCGACGCCGGGGUGACGCCAAUAAUGACUUUGAUUUAUCAGACUCAGACGACGGAGGCGAGGCUCGACGGCGCAUGAAGCGUCGCCAGUUCGCCAAAAUGCAAAAGGCGCUAUUCAAGGAUGAGCGCAUUAGCAAGAUUGCCGAGAACCCACGUAACGCUGCGUUUCUGAAAAGCAUAGAAGACAAGAACAGCGAUGACGAGUGGGAUAUUGGGGAGAACUUUGCGAAUGCCGCUGAAAGCGAAGACAGCGAAAGUCAGGGACAGGAUGCCCCUGCAGCAGAGACUUCCAUCCCGGACAGUCAACCGGCAAAGGCAGAUCGCAAACGUGCGCAUGCAGAUGAUCACGUAGCACGUCUGCCACCUAAUGCGCGACGUACUCGAGGGGGUGUCCGUCCAACAUCACUCACCGAUGUCCGCAGGGAACUAUCUGACCUCCUCGACGAACCCAAUGGUUCUGCCGCAUCCGUCAUUCCGGCUACAGAAAUCAACUCAGACAGCGAGGGCGAGGAACGUGCGGUCACUUCGUCAUCUACCAUAAAUAAGGAGAACCGCGGCCCUGAAAUCGUUGAUCGCAUUAAGCUGAAGCGUGGCUCGUCAUCCGUGUCAAACAGCAGCGGUUCUUCACGUCUCGCGUUCGCGGCGCCGUCUGCAUCGGGUGGCAGUGGACUAUUCAAAGUCCCAGCUCUGCUCAGGCGCGCGACGACUAACUCGCUUGUCUCCAACUCGUCCAUGUCAUCCAGCGGUACCCCUAGCGCUUCUACCGCUAGUACCACUGCCUCCCAUAGCAACACGGGUAAAGGAGGUUCCGGGUUCGGCGACGACAAGUUGCUCAAGAAGACAGCAGGCAAACGCUCGGGUAUCAAUUACUUCGCGCGGGAGAACGAGCGCAGAGCCGCGGUUGCGGAUGCGGAGAAGAGACGCGAGGCUAAGAAGUGGAAGGGCGCUGAGGGCAGAGGUAAAGUUGUUGGGGGAUUGUUUGGGGGUGGGAAGUUCGAGUGAAGAGAAGGGAAGGGAAGGGAAGACGAGAGGUUGCAUUAUUACACUACUAUCAUACCAUCUAUUUGCACUACUUCACACAAUGGAUGGAUACGGCAGGGCUGCAUGGCGUGGGCGUUUAUGGGCGGACUUAGGACUGGGUGAGGCUAUUUAAUUAGGUACUACAGUACGAAGGUUGUGGCCAAAAGUUU